ACUCACGUGUAGCUGUUGGCGGUAAUGCGGUCACACGAACGGUUAGCGGACCAGCUAGGUAGCUAACAAGACUAGCCGCGUCAGCUAACGGAGCCAGCGUCGCCUGGUGUUAGCUCCUGUGCUAACUUUGCUAACCAGGUUCCGCAAACUAAACUAAACCCCUUGAAACGCGAACGCAACAGCCGCACAUCGUGGUGUUGAAUCCACUUUCUUGCCGAGUGGAGAGCUGAUGUGGAGAUCCGGUGGAAAAAAUAAUGUGACUUUAGCCUAGUUGUCGAAACCGAAGUCCCGCCGUUGCCUCUGCGACUCGGCGUCACGGGCCCUGAACCCUAGCAUUCUUUAACCCUUCAAUGUUGACCUUUCACCCACAGGAAAAGAAAUACCUUUAUCUUCCGUAUCGAUUUUGAACAGCGAACUGCCACGAGCGUGUGUGUGUCGCCGCUGCGGCUUCACCGCUCAUUUCGAGUCGCGACACAGUCACAUUUAGCUGUAUUUUUUUUUAAAAAACAGGGCCACCGAUUGUCCAGUUCUAGCUAGCGCCGGCUAGAUUGUGUUAGCACGGGCCACAAACUACCGUGACUCGCAGUCUGAAGAAUCAGAUGUUUGUUCUUUAAUCUGUUGCUUCUAAACGGAUAUGCUGAAGCAAAUUUUGACUGUGAUCGCUGUGAACAUGGAUUUAAGAUGCCGAUUUUUUUUCUGGCCCGGGUGAUAUGUUCCUGCGUUACCUUCAUUUUUAUUGUUUAUCCCACAUUGACGCACACUGCACUUCAGAGAAUAUGAGCACAACAACCACCCUGCCUAGUUGUUGUAGGUGUGUGUGUCUGAUGGGGCUCUGAUGUGACGAGCAGAGUCAGAAGGUGUGCACAGUAUCAGAAUGGAUGGACAAACACAAAGGAUUCAGCUCGUAUCAGCAGACAACAACAUGGCUUUAGGACACAGAAUCCAGAUUGUAACAGAUCAGCAAACUGGCCAGAAGAUCCAGAUUGUCACAGCACUUGAGCCAUCUUCCCCUGGAAAGCAUCAGUAUAUUCUGGCAAAUGCUGAUUAUUCCCCUGGCGGGAAGGUGAUUCUGACAAAGCAGGACGGUUCACCCAACAAGGUCAUCCUGGCCGCUCAAGACAGCUCUGGGGUUAACCAGCUGCUGUUUACCUCCCCUGAACUGGCUGGGCAACAGAUUCAGUUUGUGACAGAAGGUUCAGACCAGUCUAUGGUGAAGCCAGUUGUGGAGUACUGUGUCGUCUGUGGAGACAGGGCCUCAGGGCGCCAUUACGGAGCUGUCAGCUGUGAGGGCUGUAAGGGCUUUUUCAAACGCAGUAUUAGGAAAAACCUGAUAUACACGUGCAGGGGCUCCGGAGAGUGUGCAAUCAACAAGCUUCACCGAAAUCGAUGCCAGUACUGUCGACUGCAGCGCUGCAUAUCUCUGGGCAUGAAACAAGAUUCUGUGCAGUGUGAGAGAAAGCCUGUGGAAGUGACCACCAGAGAGAAAUCUGUCAACUGUGCUGCCUCCACUGAGAAGAUCUACAUCCGCAAGAACCUGUGCAGCCCUCUGGCUGCCACACCCACUUUUGUAUCUGACAAGGAAACUGCUAGGUCCACAAGUUUGCUUGAGUCAAGCAUGUUGCUCAACAUCCAACAACCUUUCCCCAAGCUGGAAAAUACCAUCUUGAUCCAAGCAUCUCCUGACAAGGAUGACCCAUCUCAAAGUGACCUUGGUACGCUAGCAAACGUAGUGACGUCCCUCGCCCAGCUCAACAAGAACAGGGAGGCGAGUGACAGCGGCAACGAUAUGAUGGGAGUUGAAACGCUCAGCAAUGGCGACAGCUCGAUGACAGACAUCCAAGGAGACGAGCAAACUGCAAGUGAUAUCACUCGAGCUUUUGACACCCUGGCUAAAGUCCUGCACCCCGGUGACGGCUCAGCAGCAGACUCCUUGGAGGCUACGAUGCAGCUGAUGUCAGGAGACCAGUCGGGCCCAGUAGUGGAGUUGGAGGGACCUCUCCUCUCUGACAGCCAUAUCCCAUUCAAGCUCAUGAUGCCUUUGCCUGUGCCAGAGUACCUCAAUGUCAACUACAUCUGUGAGUCGGCUUCCCGCUUACUCUUUCUCUCUAUGCACUGGGCACGCUCCAUACCUGCCUUUCAAACCCUCGGUGGUCAAGACAACGACAUUAACUUGAUGAAGGACUGCUGGAAUGAACUGUUUGCCCUGGGUCUGGCGCAGUGUUCCAACAUUAUGAAUGUUGGUACCAUCUUAAGUGCCAUUAUCAACCAUCUGCAGACCAGCUUACAGGAAGAGAAGCUGUCCCCAGAGCGAAUAAAACUAGUAAUGGAGCACAUCUGGAGGAUGCAGGAGUUCUGUAACAGCAUGUCCAAGCUGUCCCCAGACGCGUAUGAAUACGCCUACCUCAAAGCCAUCGUUCUCUUUAGUCCUGAUCACCCAGGCAUAGAUAACAUCCCACAGAUCGAGAUGUUCCAGGAGAAGGCUUACAUGGAGCUGCAGGACUAUGUGACCAGGACCUACCCAGAAGACUCCUAUCGGUUAUCCAAGCUGCUGCUGCGUCUUCCUGCCCUCAGGCUGAUAAGUGCAGCUGUCACCGAGGAGCUGUUCUUCGCCGGCCUCAUCGGCAACGUGCAGAUCGACAGCAUCAUCCCAUACAUCCUUAAAAUGGAGUCCACUGAUUAUAACAGCCAGGCGGCGUCUGGGGUCUGACACCAGACUGCAACAUCGGACUGUGAAAACUCAGCAGCCAACCAAUCAGAGUGCUUUGCAGACUGCUUACUGAGUGAUCAUAACAUACUGUAUUUAUGACACAGCGUCCUGUGUGAAUUCUGUUUCCACUUUACCUGCCUCCUGCAUCUGACUUCUCAGUGGAGCGCGACUCACAAAGAGGUCAAAUCAAAUCAACUCCGAUGGCAAGCAAGCCCCCUGAUAUCUGCCCAUUCAGGAAUGAACGCUUUAAACCUGCAUAGUAGAUUGUGCUUUUUAUUGUACAUAGAAUUUUAUGCUUCAUUCUCUCCAGGCCUUUCCUUUUUCUGCAGAUCUCGUUUGUACUUUGAAGGAAUCUGAGUAGUUUGUUUUUCACUGCUUUCCUACAUGGCCAUGCAUUUUUUUAUCUUCUAAUAAUUAUGAGGAAAGAAAACGUAUCAUGUGAACCGCUGUGUGAGAUGUUGUUAUUGCUGAAGGGUAUAACCUUUUAUUUCUUAUUUGUUGGCCAAUCCAAAGGAUAGGGCAGCAUCAUGUUGACUGUUUAACGCAGAUGAUUCACUUGGAUCUGAAGAAAUUGUGUAUAUAGAUUUGUAUAUAGAAUGCACCAAGAAGGCUAUAAAGAGCAGCACUUGGUAAUGAUGUGGAUUCAAUGUUGGUCAAGUCAUUUGACAAUAAAGACAUCUUUCAAUCAUGA